AUGCAUAGGCCGCUUCUGCUUGUUACGUGGUUGAUAUCGUUGGCAAGCGCUUUCACUACAAAGUUACCACACACAGAAAAGCGAGACCAUUUGGAAUACAACGCUGUGUUGGCAUGUGCAUCAUAUAUAAACACGCUAAAAUGGUCAUUUGACGACUCGCUUGCACCAGGAUUCUAUUCUACCGUAUGUUCCUAUUCGCCAGCAUUUGAUACUUGGUCACUUUGUAUCUUCAACUCACUGACAGACCAGCUUUCUUCUACGGACAACACAAGUUUCGAAGCAAGCCUGGGCAGUGUACGAAAUACGUGCUCGUUUGUUGAUAAAAAGUUCAGCAACAUUUCACUGGAAAAAUACUACGCUUCGCUGAACAAUGCUUCUUCUCACGCUAUAAGAGACUACAGUGCUAUCGAUUGUCUAUCGACAUCCGUUCGGGUCGACCAUCAGACUAGGUCUAAAUGGAUAUUGGCCUUUCAUGCACACGCUUAUAAUUUAGAUAUCAGCAGUGUCUACGGUGCAUAUCUAAGUUACUAUUUCGUAGGGGUGGGUUUGAUCGCUGCGUUCUUCCACAUGAGUCAUUAUAAUGGUUUCAAUCGGAAACUGUUUGGAAACCGCAUCAUCAAUCAUAUCCGAGGUCAUUUCACACUGCCUACCUUUCUAAUCAAGAAGCACGCUAAUUACUUCGAGUUUCUAAACUUGGAGGUCUUUACCGGAUUAAUGCCAAACUCCUUGGAAUCAUGGAUUAUUAUUGGCUACACAUUAGCCAAUAUCACAUUUUUGACCAUCGAUUAUACCAUAGACCCAUAUAACCUUAUUUUCAAGAGCCACUUGUCGCAAUUUACGAGACUGCUAGCGGAUAGAUCUGGGAUAUUAGCGUUCACACAAUUUCCUCUAAUUAUUAUCUUUACAGCAAGAAAUAGUUUUUUGGAAUUUUUGACAGGACUUAAGUUCAACUCUUUCAUUAGCUUCCAUAAAUGGAUCGGAAGAAUCAUGGUCUUAAACGCAACAAUACAUUCCCUUUCGUAUUCACUAUUUGCAGUCGUUAACCACAGUUUUACAAUAAGCAACAAGCAGCUAUACUGGAAAUUUGGCGUAGCAUCAAUAACAUUGCUUUGCAUCUUGCUGAUUCUAUCACUAGGAAUAGUAAGAAAGAAACACUACGAGUUUUUCCUAUACACCCACAUUGUACUGGCCAUUUUGUUCUUUUAUUGUUGUUGGAAACACGUCAAGAUUUUCAACGGUUGGAAGGAAUGGAUUGUAGUAUCCUUGAUAAUAUGGGGGCUAGAGAAAUUUUUCAGAAUCUGGAACAUUUUGCAAUUUAGGUUUCCAAAGGCAACGCUAACCAACUUGAACACCACCAACAACCCCCACGACGAAAUGUUCAAAGUGAUCAUACCCAAACAUAACCGGAGAUGGCAUUCCAAACCAGGCCAAUAUUGCUUCAUUUACUUUCUACAUCCGCUAGUCUUUUGGCAAUGCCAUCCAUUCACUAUCAUCGAUGAAGGAAAUAAGUGUGUGUUAGUGAUUAAACCGAAACACGGUCUCACAAGAUUCAUUUACAACAAGAUCCUGCAAUCGUUAAAUGGUAAGUUACAACUUCGUGUCGCUAUCGAGGGGCCUUACGGACCCAGCAAUCAUAAACUUGAAAAAUUUGGCCAUUUGCUACUACUAAGUGGAGGCACAGGCUUGCCUGGUCCUCUGGACCAUGCCGUUAAACUAUCACAAAAACCUGACAAACCCGCAUCCAUUGAUCUUGUCAUAACCAUCAAAAAUAUUGCCUUCCUUAAUGGUUACAGAUCAGAAAUUCUAGAAUUAAAAAAAAACCGAUCCCAUGUCAACCUACAGAUUUACCUCACACAGAAAACACCUGUUAUGAAGGGACCAAGCGUACAUGACCAACUAAUGAAUUUCAAUAAUAUAAUGACUGAGCUGGCAAGCUUUGCCCACAUCGGCCAUGCAAGACCCAACCUUAAUGAUGUAAUUGACAACACAAUAAAAAGCCUGGCGCCGAGAGACUCUCUAGCAAUCGUCUGCUGCGGGCCCCCUGUCCUGGUCGACGAUGUAAGAAACAACGUUUCGCAAAAACUCAUUGAUUACCCUGAAAGGAUUAUCGAAUACUUCGAGGAAUACCAAUGUUGGUAG